AUGUUCCCAUCACAGCCCAUGAUCGCUAUUGUUGGGGGCGGUCCUGCCGGACUAACCCUUGGCCUUCUGCUUUACAAGCGCAGCGUUCCAUUCACCAUCUUCGAACUUCGCCAAAGGCCUACUCAAGAAGAGCUUGACAAGCCCUGUGGAGUUCUUGAUCUGCAUGAUGAAUCCGGUCAAGCUGCCUUACGAGAGUGCGGGCUCUAUGAUGAGUUCCUGGAGCUCACCGGCGAAUGCUCAGAGGCGCAGCGAGUGUCUGACAUGCAAGGCAAUAUCAUCUAUGCGGACGAGGGAGAGCUCAGCGAGCGCCCUGAGAUCUCACGCCACGCACUCACCAAGCUCUUGAUUUCGAACCUCCCAUCCGAGAGCCUUCGAUGGGGCUACAAAGUCCGCGGUGCGAGCGUCUCAGGUGGCCGUACAGAGCUUGACUUUGGUGACGGCGGCAGACACUCCUUUGACUUAGUGGUCGGCGCCGACGGGGCUUGGUCACGUAUUCGCAGUCUCGUUACCGACGUUCGACCUUCGUACGCCGGCGUUCACAAUAUAACUCUCACGAUCCGCAAUGUCACUACAAAGUAUCCGCAGGUUGCCAAACUCGUGGGACCUGGGAGCUUCUCGGCCUUAGGCAUGAACCAUGGGGUUAUGUCGCAACGUGGACCGCAAGACUCUGCAAGGAUCUAUUGCUUUUUGAGCACUCCUCACGAUUUCCUCUCCACAUCCGGGCUCGAGGGACAGGAUGUUCGAUACGCUAAAGAAAAACUUCUGGAUGAUGAUUGCCUGCUAGGAAAAUGGGGCCCCAAAAUAAAAGGUCUCGUCUCCACAGCCUGCGCUGAGGAGGCUACCGACAAUCCAGGAGGAACAGUCGAUAUCAAGCCAAUGUACUCACUACCCGUUGACCAUAGGUGGACCAACCGGUCUGGAGUCACGCUCGUCGGAGAUGCCGCUCACCUGAUGUGUCCGUGGGCGGGCGAAGGUGUCAAUCUUGCAAUGUGGGACUCAUUGGAAUUGUCACGGGUCAUCAUUGAUGCUUUCAAACGCGCUGAUACCUCUGACUCAUUUCAAGUCGCCCUAAGGCCACAGCUGGAACGCUUUGAGAACGACAUGGUUGCUCGAGCUAAGGAGAAGGCCGAGGAGACAGCAAGCAAUGGAGAAAUGUUGUUCGGGGACGAUGCAGCGAAGUCAUUCGUGCGCUUCUUCGAAAGCGCUUACGGGGCUCCCAGAUGA